AAGAAGAUCACAAACCCGGAAGUUCUCUAGUUGUUGUGAGCUGUCACGUCAGGGCUGUUGGUUCCUUCUUCCUGUUGGUUCUAAUGGCGGGCUCUGUAGGUCCGGUUCGAGAAAGCUUUGGACUGUGUUCCUCUGCGGUGCUGCUGCUGCUGUUAGCGAGUGUAACGGGACCCGCUCGGGCCGUGUCGGAACCGGGGAUCUGGACGGUGAACACUGGCAGCGAAAAAAAAGAGUUCUUCGCUUUCAGAAAGACUCUAUUCAACAGCAGCACCAUCCACCUCAAAGUGCUGUCCCAGAACUGCAGCGACUCGUCUCCCUUCCAGCUGCAGAUUUCUUGGUAUCUGAGGAACUCUCACUGCUACAAUGAGGUCUACAACAAGAAUCUGAAAGCUGAGGAGUACUUCAGCCCAGACAUGAUGAGGAAAGAUGGAACGGGUUCCUAUGUGAACCACGACUACAAGCCAAUCACCUGCAAGGAGAUCAAUCCACAGUCGUUCAGCUUGUCUGAGUUGGACCUGCCGAAGCCUCUGAAGAACCAGUUACUGGAGCAAGUGGUUGGCACAGUAAAGCCAUCUCAGCGGAAGAAGAGGGAAAUAAAAAAGCCAGAACCAAAGGCUGCUGGCUCCUCCAAUAAGACGACCCCCCGCUCCGACUUUGACGUUGUGGCCAGGUCCUGGGAGGACGGAGCCUACCUGUUUAUCAUCAAAGUGGAGAAGCAGCAACCUGGCGGGACUCUGCAGCUUCAGGUCAGCAUGAAGGGUCCUCAUGGCUUUAUCUCAGCAACCGAGUGGCCUCUGAUGGUGUUCUACAUGGUGAUGUGCAUCAUGUACGUGCUGAUGGCCGUGCUGUGGUUGGUUCUGUCUGCUUGCUACUGGAGGAGCCUGCUCAGGAUCCAGUUCUGGAUCGGAGGCGUCAUCUUCCUCGGGAUGUUGGAGAAGGCGGUUUACUACGGCGAGUUCCAAAGCAUCAGAUACGAGGGUUUGUCGGUCCAUGGGGCGGUAGUGUUUGCUGAGGUGCUGUCAGCCGUGAAGAGGACAUUGGCCAGGGUUCUGGUCCUCAUUGCCAGUCUGGGAUACGGGAUCGUCAAACCCAGACUUGGCGCCUUGAUGCACAGAGUCGUCGGGGUCGGCCUGCUCUACCUGCUCUUCUCCAUCAUCGAGGGAUUGCUGCGAGUCAACACUGAUCGGGGGAACGACGACAGCAGUCUGAUUGUGUGUGAUGUUGUGCUAGCCUUGACUGACUCCUGUAUUGUCUGGUGGAUAUUUGUGAGUUUGGCUCAGACAAUGAAGUUGCUAAAGCUGAGGAGGAACGUGGUGAAGCUUUCUCUCUUUAGACACUUCAGCAACACACUCAUCUUCGCCGUCAUUGCCUCUGUCAUCUUCAUCAUUUGGACUGCAAAGAACUUCACCAUGUCCCAGUGUCGCUCUGACUGGAGAGAAGUGUGGAUCCAGGACGCUUUCUGGCGCUUUUUGUUUUCCAUCAUACUGUUGGUCAUCAUGUUCCUAUGGCGACCAUCUGCCAAUAAUCAGAUGUACGCCUUCAGCCCCCUGGUGGAUGCAGAGAGCGAAGACGAGGAGGAGAAGGAGCCCAUGAUGAACGAGGCUUUUGAAGGGAUGAAGAUGAGAGGAGCAAAGAACGAAACCAACGGAACGGGCAGACCCAACAAAGUGGACGAGGAUCUGAAGUGGGUCGAGGAGAACAUCCCAUCGUCUAUGGCAGACAUGGCGUUGCCCCCCCUGCUGGACUCGGAUGAGGAAACUCAAACAACCAAGUUCGAGAUGUCCAAGAUGGAGUGAAGUUGGAAGGGGGCUCAUGGUGUGGAAAAAGAGAGAGCGGGUUUCAUCAAGUGAAGAAGGAAAGAUGAACCGGGGGAUGAAUGAGAAACAGAGUGAUUUUUUUUUUUAAGGCAGAAAUAUCCUUGUGUGGUUCAGCUCCUGGAUUUAUGAGCUUCAUAAGCCUUCAUCGUCCAGAUACCGGGAGCUGAAUCGUCCACAGCUGUACACAAGGAUCCCUUUAUUUUUUAUUUUUAUUGCCUGUUUGUAUUUAUAUUGUAUGGAUCGCCUCUCUGUAUUUACAGUAUAUUUAAACGAAUCUGUUUUCUGCAGCACCGCCCUGCUGGAUAUUUGCUGGUCAGGGUUUGUUUUAUGGUCACAUUAAAGAGUCUGUGUGUCUGGAUAUUUUUCAACCUGUAAAGCCAAAGGGAUGAAUCAGAGAGAAAAUGUGGAUAAAUAAUUCUGUUUCGUUUUGCAGUUUCAGCCAAUAAAGCUUUUCACCUUCACAUGA